AUGCCCCCAAAAGUUGACCCUAACGAAGUUAAAAUCAUCUAUCUGCGGGCUACGGGUGGGGAAGUCGGUGCUUCUUCUGCUCUCGCCCCAAAAAUUGGACCUCUUGGUUUGGCUCCCAAAAAAGUGGGUGAAGAUAUCGCAAAAGCUACAGCCGACUGGAAAGGUCUUCGCGUGACUGUACAACUGACGAUUCAAAAUCGUCAGGCUACAGUUUCAGUAGUACCAAGCGCUUCGUCUCUAGUCAUUCGAGCACUGAAAGAGCCGCCGCGCGAUCGUAAGAAAGAAAAAAAUAUUAAACAUAGUGGCAAUAUUUCACUUGACGAGGUGAUCGAAAUUGCACGCACGAUGCGAUUCAAGUCAUAUGCUAAAACUUUGGCUGGAGUUGUUAGAGAAAUUCUGGGAACUUGUAAUAGUGUCGGAUGCACGGUCGAAGGUGAAAGUCCCAGAGAUAUCUCGGAAAAAAUAAAGACGGGUGAACUUGAAAUUCCUGAAGAAUAA